AUGACUGCCACUCCAACAAUUCAUGAGCUCGAAACUCGUGAUCAGCAUAUCAGUCAAGUGAAAGUAUUCACUGAUCGAGCUGAAAUUCGUCGAUUCGUCAAAGUUGCAUUGAAAUCAGGAGUUAAUGAAGUUGUUUUGAAAAAUCUGAGCAAUAAUUUGACUCAUGGCUCCAUGAGAGUGGAAGGAAGAGGAAAGGCUACAAUUCAUGAUGUAGUUGUCAAGAAUGUUUCUUCUCUUCCACAAGAAUCCGAUUCUCCAAAGAUGGCUGCUUUGAGAGCAACACUCCAAGAAGAGAAAGCACGCCUUCAAACCAUCGACGACCGGGGAACUGUCGUCCAAAAAAGCAUUGAAAAUCUGGAUAAAGUGUUCGGAGCAGUUGGAGGAGGAUUAGUGAAUCCUCCAAAGGAAGGAGGGGUUUCUUUGAAUGAAGGAACACUUACAAGCCUUAAAAACUUCUUCGAUUUCUAUGGAAACAAUUCAGAAAGCUAUAGAGAGAAACUUCGAGUCAUUGAAAAAGAGCACAGAGAGCAACAGGAAAAAGUUCGAAAAGUUGAACAGGAAUUGAACUUGAUUCAAGUCAAAUUUCAUAACAACGUUGUUACACAAGCUGCCACUAUCACUCUCGAGUGUACUGAAGAAACAGAAGCGGAACUUGAUGUGAUCUACCAAGUUCAUAAUGCUGGAUGGUCUCCAUCUUAUGAUGUGAGAGUGGACACUGAGAAACCAUCAAUGAACAUCACUUACUUUGGAAAAAUCAGACAACACACCGGAGAAGAUUGGACGGGUGCUCCAUUGGUUCUUUCAACUGCUCAACCAUGUCUCGGAGGAAAAAUUCCAGAACUUGGAACUCUUGAGGCAACAUUCAGAGUUCGCCACUACCCAUCGCCACCACAAGUAAUGCAUAUGCAGACACGAUCAGCUUCACUUUUCGGAGCAGCAUCAGCACCUCAACCACAAUGUAUGACUCUUGGUCCACCAAUGGAGCAGAUGAAUGUGGCAGUGGCUUCUGAAGUCACCCAGAAUACUUUGAGCACGGAAUUCAAAAUUCUGAGAGAUGCAACAAUUCCACAUGGAACAAGCGAUCACAAAGUCACUGUAGGAAUCGUCACAUUGUCCCCAAAACUCGUCCAUGAAGCUGUUCCAAGCAAAAAUGCAGCAGCAUUCCUCACAGCGUCUGCAAUCAAUACAUCUGAACUCGCAUUCCUUGCUGGAGACUCAUCAGUCUAUCUCAAUAAUGCGUUUGUUGCAAAGAGCCACUUGAAAAAUGUUUCCCCUGGAGAGAGGUUCACUUGCUCUCUUGGAGUGGACACUGCGAUUCGUGUCGAGUAUAAACCAGCGAAGAAGUAUCAUGAAGAAGGAGGAUACAUCACGAAACACUCUGCCAAUGUCACUGAACAAACCAUUGCAAUCAAGAAUACUCGCAGUGAACAACCAGUUCUCCUCACUAUCAAACAUCAUGUUCCACGUAGUACUGACGAGAAGAUUCGUGUCAAAUUGGUUGCUCCAGCAGCAGUUCCAUAUGAUGCCGAGAAGGCAACUAAUGAAUCAGAGAAUGCUGAACCAUCGGAAGGAGCCAAAUUCAAUUCGAGCAACAAUCUGGAAUGGACUGUGAAGUUGGCACCAAAUAGCUCACAAGACUUGAUCGUCAAGUACGUUGUGGAGCAUCCAAAAGAUGAAACUGUUCAAUAUCAUGAACGAUUCUAA